GUAAAUGUAGAUCGUCCAGGUUGGUAUAGUCCUGAGAAGGACUCUCCAGGGUUCAAACCAUUUACUUUAAAUUAUUAUAUCUCAUUCAAGACGUUAAACAAUGUAACACUCUACCAUGAUAUAUUUUUAAAGCUUAAAAAAUGCGUUGUUGUUGCUCAGACUGCUAUUGAGGAAAACCUUGGUGUUCCAUUGUCUCUUUCUUCUCCUCUCCAGUAUUCAUUAUAGUAUCACUGGAUUAAUAUGAUAUAACUAAACUUUGCUUUAUCUUUAUAAUGCGAACAAAAACUGUCUUGUGUCAGUUGUGUGAAUGAAAUUAAAUUGACGUUUUAUGUCAUAAUCGUCACGUUUGUCUUGACUAAAUAGCUACUUCAGUUUUCUUUUUUAGAGAUAUUUGGACCGGAAAAGUUUCACAUGGUGUAAAAAAUCCCAAGAUACUGACAUUACAGUUAUGAAACUGCGUGGUAGCAGAGCUGCAGAACGAAACUUGAGUCAUUCAGAAAACACCGCAGAUCCAUUGUGCAAAAAGGAAAGACAGGAACAUUUUCAUGAGGACCACCUCGUUCAAGCUUCUUUCUUGGUCAUCUGCCAGAUAUUUGGAAGUACAAAGCAAGAACAGGACGAACUAUGGUGGAGUUUGUGCUUGAGAAGAGAUUUGAAUACGGUAAAAUAUUUUUGAUAUUUUUCGCUCAUCGACCUUACGUAUGUUUGGCAGAUUCAAGAUAUGUAAGAGAAAUUUUUAUAAAAAACCACAAACAUUUGGUAAAAGAUCGAUUCAUUUAUGAUAAAAUUGGGUUCGUCUAUGGUGAGCGCUAUGCGGGAUACGGAUUAGCGAAUAACACGGAUGAAAAAUCUUGGCAAGUUCAUCGACAUAUCAUGAAUCCAACAUUUCAUCGAAAAUCUCUUCGUAAUUUUAUGAAAAAUUUCAACAAUGUUUGUGAUCGUUUUCUGGUCAGAAUGGACGCAAUUGUUAAAGAACAGAAAGCGAUAAGUAUGUUGGUUGAAUUUGGUAAAGCAACAUGUGAAGCUAUCAGUCAAGUAUCAUUUAAUAUUGAUACACAAGUUAUUGAAAAUCCAAACUCAAAGUUUCCCAGUGCAAUUCGUCUUGCAAUGGAAGGUGUUGAAGAUAAUCUUAAUUCUUUUCUGAGUUCAACUCUAUUGACUAUGUUUCAGUGUAGUUUCCUACAAAAUGAGAAAAAGAAAAGACAAAUUGAAGCUGUUCAAUUUGUACGAAAUUUUGCUUCUCAGAAUGUUGAAAAGCGUAUGGACGACUUAGAAAAGAAUAAGGAUGUUCCUAAUGAUUUGUUGACUUCUUUAAUCAAAGAUGGUAGGUUAACAAUGGAUGAAAUAGUUGACGAAUUCUUAACUAUAUUUGUUGCUGGACAGGAAACUACUUCAAAUUCAUUAUCAUUUUUGCUCUAUGAAAUUCUCAAUCAUCCACAUAUUGAAGAGAAGAUCCUUAAUGAAGCUAAUGAAGUGCUUGGUGAUCGUGAACACAUGGAGUUUGAAGAUCUGGCAAAGUUUAACUAUUUUAACAAGGUCAUGGAAGAAGGACUUCGUAGACAUCCUGCUAUAAUUGCACCGUCAAGAAUAUUGUCUAAGACCUUGGAAGUGAAUGGUUUCAAAAUUCCCUCUGGUGUGGGUAUUGACACUAGUCAAUUAUUUUUUUCAACAGAUCCCGAAAUUUGGCCAAAUCCUGAAAUAUUUGAUCCUGAAAGGUUUGAAAAUGUCGAUCACAUUCGAAAUUUCACCACAACACAUUUUCCAUUUUCCAUUGGUCGACGUGAUUGUAUUGGACGAAUGUUUGCUAAGUUUGAAAUCAAAGUUUUUAUGGUUCGAGUUUUGAGAAAGUUCAAAUUUCAACUGUUACCAGGACAGACUGAAAGAAUGGAAGCUAAACUAACAAUUAAACCUCGCGAUGGUGUCAUGUGCCAUGUUAUGAGGCGUUAAUAAAUGGAUUAUUUUCAAAUGCUUGAUUUUCAUUUCGCUAGAUUAAAACUGAGAGAAAACGCAAACUUAAACAAUAAGAGAGGGUUUUUAACGCCUGUUUCAAACGUCAAACUUUACAUGCCCCAAACUGUUAAGUUCAAUGUUUGAAACAGGCUCAAGACUUUUUCUAAUGGAGAAUGAAUAUUAACAGAUGAAAGUAUUUAAGCACACUGUUUUGAAUUAGUUAUUUCGUAAUGUAGUCAAAUUAAUACUUCUGUCAUGUUUUAUAGAAUUUAUUCAUUUCAAGGAUGAAGUGGCAGGCCAUAACUGUUGUAUUAGUGGUAUAUAAUAUUUCUAGUACAACGCACUGAUAUAGCGUUAUUAACUAACUGUCAGUAAACUUAUUAAAAUAUUUAACUCUA